GUUCAGCAAGCAGAAACAUCAACAACGUGUUAAGAUCUCAGCUAAAAAUGAAAAAAUAUAUAGUAUUUUUUAUACUUUUGUUAAUUUCACAACAAACUUUGUGUUCCAAUGAAAGACUUCAAAGUAUAAUCGGUGGCUAUGGCCUACUAAUUGCAGCUAAGGAGCAGGAACUACAGGAACUGGAAGCCCAAAUCAACGAAACUUUGAAAAUGUUAAACGAAAUCAAGUUAAAUAACACCGAAGUCUUGGAGCUGGCUCAACUUAGAAGGAACCUUCAGGAAAAAGAGGAAAUACUACGAGUCUGCGAAGACAGCCUGAAAAAUCAGGCAACCAGCUCAGCAUUCUGGAAUACACUGAAAGAUGUGGUACGACCCAAGGUAGAUAAAAAACUAAGUUCUGAAAAAGUGGAAACCAAUCAAACUACAACGUGGGAAAUUAUAAAAAAUAAUUGGAGGGAUAUACCCCGCCAGAUUGUCAUUUAUUUUGCUGGGAAUGAAGAAACUACGGAAAAUACUCCUUAAUAAAACGAAAAUUGUAAUCUAAAAAAUAUAUUUUGUUUAAUUUUUAUU